AUGGGAAUGUCUCAUCAUUAUGUCAGCAAAGCUGCCACAGCUAAUAAUUGCAGUAUUUUUAAAUUAAAUAUAUGGAUUAUUGGACUUGUGUUCAAGGUGAUUCCAUGUAUACUGCUGAUGUUCUUCAGUGCAGGCUUAGUGAAUAAAAUUCGAGAGGCUGAACAACAUCGACGGAAGCUCACCAAUGUUAGCCUCAACAAUGUGAAUUCCUGCGAGAGCAAUACAUCCGCAAAAAAGUGA